GAUUGCAACUUGCGAAUGACACGUCAGGUUUAUCGUGCAGCGCGGUAAUGAUUUUUAUUUAUCGCACUAUGUAUUAAAAUAAUUUAUAAAAUGGGUGGUCAAAAGUUUGAAUAUGACGAGAGUGGAUCUACAUUCUUCUAUUUCGUGCUUUCGUUUCUCGCUUUAAUACUUGUUCCAGCUACAUUUUAUUACUGGCCAAGGAAACGAAAAGAAGACCCCGCAAUACAAGCAGAACGUUGCCAAUGUCCAAGUUGUAUAAAGAAACAGCAUGUUAUUGAGCAAUCACAGCCAUACAAAACCUUAAAAAACUUUUUUAUUAAAUUAGCCAUAAUAUCAGGAUGGGUUCUUCUUGGAUUUCUUGCAUAUAAAGUGUCUCAAUUUGACUAUGAAAUGUCCAAUUUCGAUCCUUAUGAUAUACUUGGGUUGCCACCUGGAGCAACACAGGCAGAGAUAAAAAGGUCUUAUCGAAAACAAUCAUUAAUACUUCAUCCUGACAAGGAGACUGGUGAUGAAAAAGCUUUCAUGAGACUCACUAAAGCUUAUCAAGCACUUACAGAUGAAGAGGCAAGAAGAAACUGGGAAAAAUAUGGUAACCCAGAUGGACCAGGUGCAAUGAGUUUUGGUAUUGCAUUGCCCAGUUGGAUUGUAGAAAAGGAAAACAGUGUCUGGGUGCUUGGAUUGUAUGGGCUUGUUUUCAUGGUUGCCCUACCUAUAGCUGUAGGUACCUGGUGGUAUCGUUCAAUUAAAUAUUCAGGAGAACAAGUUCUAUUGGAUACAACUCAGAUGUACUUCUAUUUUUGUCAUAAGACUCCCUCAAUGCCUUUGAAAAGGGCAUUGAUGAUUUUGGCAGCUUCUUGUGAAUUUGAUCGGAGACAUAAUUCUGAAAUUAUUGAAAGGAUAACUGAUAAUGAACAAGUGCCCGCGCUUCUCCGUGAAUUACCAAACCUUGGUGAAAAGAAUAAAGAGCAGCCAUUAUGUCGGCCGUACAGUAUUAAGGCGCGAGCACUUUUACAUGCACAUUUAUCCCGUAUGCAACUACCUGAGGAAACAUUGGAAUGUGACAGACGUUAUGUGGUAUCCCGUUGCCCGGACCUUAUUGUGGAAAUGGUCAACUGUGUUAACCAGCUUAUUGCACUUGCUUAUGCUAGAAGAAUUCCCCGUUUACCCACAAUUGAGACAAUAGAAAACUGCAUGAAGCUCUCCCCAAUGAUAGUUCAAGGGCUUUGGGAAUACAAGUCUCCAUUACUCCAACUUCCUUACAUUACAGAAGACCAUCUCAAAUACUUUACAAAUCGCAAAAAACAUAUAAAAUCAUUACUCCAAUUAGCUCAAUUGUCCGGAGAAGACAGGAGACAAGUACUUAGGUUCCUAAAUGAUAAACAAUAUGAAGAUGUUAUGAAAGUGUUAGGCAAUAUGCCUUAUAUACAUUUCCAAGUUAAUACAGAAGUUAUUGACGAUGAAAAUUCGACGGUUGUGACAGCGGGCGCGAUUGUAACAGUAACAGUAUCUCUCAGAAGGACCAACAUGAAGGAACUUUUCGGAGAUACCACCAUCAAAGAAAAGGAAGCAAUAAAAGAAGACGAAGAAGGUGGCGGUGAGAAUGGUGACAAAGUAGAUAAUGAUAAAAACGAGAAGAAUGAUAAAAAGGAUACAUUCAAAAGACCGGUUUGGAUGAAGCAAAGUAAGAAAGCACCGGCGAAGAAAGCUAAGAAACCCGCGGCGGCGAAGCAGCAAGCGGCCAAGACCGCGGCCGCCGGUGCUGCGACAGCCGCCGCAGCUGCCACCACACCUGCAGCCAAUGACACCAAGAAAACUAAAGAACCAAAGAAGAAAGAUGACGAAGGCGAGGAAUCGGACAUGGGCAGUUCGGAUGAGUCAGGUUCGCACAGCUCGUGCUCGGAGGACGAGUCGCGCGACAAGUCGUCAGCUGCGGAGGAUGACGACCAGUGGGAGCGCUUCCAGAAGAGGAUACUGAAGCGGGAGCGGCUCGAGGGGCGCUCCAAGAGCUCGCAUCCCGUACACUGCCCGUACUUCCCACAGGAGAAGCAAGAGUUCUGGUGGUGCUACAUCUGCGACCGCAAGUCGCGCACGCUGCUGACUGCGCCCGCGCACGUCACCGCGCUCGCCGCCGCGCACGAGCUGCAGCUGCGCUUCACCGCGCCGCGCUGGCCCGGCCUCUACACGCUCGCCUGCUGCCUCCGCUCCGACUCGUACAUCGGCAUGGACCAGCAGCAGGACAUGAAGCUGGACGUGAAGGAGGCGGCCGCGGUGCCCGCAGACCACCCGCAAUGGGAGCUUAGCGACUCCGACACUGAUAACAACGAUCAGGGCGGCAAUGAGAGUGAGUUCACCACAGACGACGAGGUUGAAGAGGAGUGAUGGGAUAUUAAGUUAUUUUUAUAAAGUUUAUAUUGUACCGUACGUGGAGUUUGUUGUAAGGUUUGAGAGCGAAUGAAUAUAGUAUCUUUUAUAUUCCA